CUCACUCGUCUGCUAAAAAGAAAAAAAUACAUUUUUUUCGUAGUCUCUUUCCAAAACUCACUCGUCUGCUAUCCAUUCGCUAUAUACAAAACAAACCAACCAAUGGCCAGAGCAUCCUUGGGCUAUUCUCCUCCACCUCUUUCCUACUUCCGCCACGUGUCUCACCUACACAACUACACUCGCCUCGCCGCCACAUCCGCAUUCCACGUCAGCUCAGCCGCCGACCCGAUGGCUCACCCGUCCCUCGAAACCCUCGGCGGCGCGCGAGACCUCUUCCUUCCCGUCCUCAGCUCACUGACCCUUCCCUACAACCCGUUUCCCGUAAUCGGGUCGAACCGCCACGUGGAGACCAUAUUCGCCUCGUUCUAUAGGUCGACUCCCGACGUCAGGCUCCGCCGCGAGUGCCUCCGAACGAGAGACGACGGCGCCGUUUCGCUCGAUUGGGUCUCCGGUGACGACCGCCUCUUGCCUCCCGACUCCCCCCUCCUCAUUCUCCUGCCAGGUUUAACUGGAGGGAGUGAUGACUCGUAUGUGAGGCACAUGUUGGUUCGAGCCAGAAGUAAAGGGUGGCGGGUUGUGGUGUUCAAUAGCCGUGGUUGUGGUGGUAGCCCUGUAACAACUCCUCAGUUCUAUUCAGCUUCAUUUUUAGGAGACAUGUGUGAAGUAGUGGCCCAUGUUGGUAAUCGGUAUCCGAAAGCUAAUCUGUAUGCUGUUGGUUGGUCUCUUGGUGCCAACAUUCUCGUUCGGUAUUUGGGUCAGGAAUCUCAUGCAUGCCGUCUUUCUGGUGCUGUGUCGUUGUGUAAUCCUUUCAAUUUGGUCAUUGCAGACGAGGAUUUCCGUAAGGGCUUUAAUAUCAUUUAUGACAAAGCUCUUGCAAGUGCUCUCUCCAAAAUUUUCAAGAAGCAUGCUCUACUCUUCGAAGACAUGGGUGGUGAUUUUAACAUUCCAUUGGCUGCCAAUGCUAAGUCUGUCAGGGAGUUUGAUGAUGGACUAACUCGUGUUUCAUUUGGUUUCAAGUCCGUAGAUGACUACUACUCUAAUUCCAGUAGUUCCAAUUCCAUAAAGGAUGUCUGCAUACCAUUGCUUUGCAUUCAGGCGGGAAAUGAUCCAAUUGCUCCGAACAGGGGAAUUCCUCGUGAAGAUAUCAAGGACAAUCCAAACUGUAUGUUGAUAGUGACACCCAAAGGUGGCCAUCUAGGGUGGGUUGCAGGUCCUGAAGCUCCAUUCGGAGCUCCUUGGACUGAUCCAGUUGUCAUGGAUUUCCUUCAGCAUCUGGAGAGAGGAAAAUCUGGAGCCCUUUCCUCUAGUAACUCGGAAAGUGAGCAACGACGUUUGGAGGGUUUGCACCAAUUGGAAGUAUAGUUGGAGAUAGAUUCAUUCUUGCUAAAUACAUCUUCUUGCAUCUUUUAUCUCAUUGUAGUCUUAAGAAUGUGAUGGUACUUGAUCAAUUUAAUAGAAAUAAGCUAAGAACCGUUAGAUUCCUUGUACUUUCUUAAGUACAUUGCAGCUUAGCAGGCAAUUAUGCCUUGGAUGGUUUUAUUGUUUUGACAGAAACUUUCAUCAACAUAAAGAUGUUGCAUUCUUUCCUUCUUAA